CACCCUCACACCACUAGUACUCUGAUACAAGUCUGUCUACAUCUACAUCCUCUCUCUGUGUGUCUGAUGAGAGAGCACAAAAAGUUGAAAAUUAUUCUUCUAUCUGACUAUUUUCCCCUUGCACGGGUUAUCAUCGUCUUCCGCGAAAAACAGGGUUUCUCCAAACUCUUUCAGUCUCUCGCCGUCUCUGUAAUUGAACGUGGUUUUAGGUUGUGCUUUUAGAGCAGCUUCGAAUUUGUGUGGCGUCAGCCGCUGUAUGCUUGAUUUUGGUUGCGAUUGUCUUUUCACUCUGCAAAUGAAGCUUGCUGUGUGACCGGAUUGGAGAUUUUGAAUUUCUAGGGUUUUUAGUUCUGCUGAAUCGGUUUGUGUGUUGACCAGAGGACGAAGUCAAUUUUAAGUUCGUUCUUCUGUCUUGACUAGUCCAAUGGAACGUUGGUUUAGUACAAUCUGUAAUAGCACCUCCUCUUGAAUAAGUCAUAACACGAAGAAACCCCUUUCAACCCCGUCGGGUCGUGUACUCAGCACCUCCCUCUAGUGCUAUAGCGGCAGUCUGUGACUCUGUCUGUGACUGCCGCAUUGCUUAUUGAAGAAGCAGGUCCAAUGAGCAAACAGAGACUGCCACCGGACCCAGUGGCUGUGCUGAGAGGUCACCGCGCCUCUGUCAUGGACCUCUGUUUUCAUCCAUCCCAACCUCUCCUAUGCACCGGUUCCGCAGACGGCGAGUUGCGGAUUUGGGACACUAUCCAGCAUCGGACUAUAUUAUCAGCAGGGGUGCAUAAUGCUGCACAGGGGAUUGCUUCUGUUGCUUGUAGUUCUUCAAUUGGAGCCAAUAAAGUGAUCAGCCAGGGUAGGGAUGGAACAGUGAAGUGUUGGGAUAUUGAAGAUGGAGGUCUGUCCAGGACACCUUCUGUUACAAUCAAGACAAACUCUUACCACUUUUGUAAACUUUCCUUGGUGAAGAGACCUCAUUCUAGUUCUAAGCGAGUUUACGGGACUACGCAUAAUGACAGUGAUGAAACAAGGGUUACGGAGAAUGCUGAUACGGAUGCUCUAGACAAUAGCAGAGAAAAGUUUCAAGAGUAUCUGCCUGAGCAGUCCAGCACCUUUGAAGAAAAUACUCAAGUUGAGGGAUCUAAAUGUGUCGCUGUAGCAGGGGAGCAGCCUUCUGAGGUUGAGAUUUGGGAUCUUAAUACUGCAGAAAGGUUUGCACGGCUACCUCAAAGCUGCGUUGCUGGUUUCUCAGGUAUAUCUACCACAGAGAGAGGAAUGUGCAUGGCGGUUCAAGCAUUCUCACCAUCCGAAUCACAGGGAUUCCUAAAUGUCUUGGUGGGUUAUGAGGAUGGUUCCAUGCUUUGGUGGGAUAUUAGAAAUCCUGGGGUUCCAUUGACCUCUGUCAAGUUUCAUUCAGAGCCAGUUCUAAGUCUAUGCGUUGAUGGGUCAUGCAAUGGUGGUGUCUCAGGAGCCGCAGAUGACAAAGUUGUGCUGUACAGUUUGGAUCAUUCCAUGGGUACAUGUGUGAUCAAGAAAGAAAUUAGUUUGGAACGACCUGGCAUAUCGAGCACUUCUAUUCGACCUGAUGGUAAAAUUUUUGCAACAGCUGGCUGGGACCACAGAGUGAGAGUAUAUAACUAUUGCAAAGGCAAUGCUCUGGCGAUAUUGAAGUAUCACCAUGCAACGUGUAAUGCUGUUUCUUAUUCACCCGAUUGCAAGCUAAUGGCAUCUGCAUCAGAAGAUACGACAGUGGCACUGUGGGAACUUUAUCCUCCUCGAACUUGAAAUGAUAUGGUAGUCCUGAAGUGGAAAUGAGUUUGUGUUCCCUAUAAUGUAAUAAAAGAGCAUCAAUAAUCAAUAUCAUUACCGUUUGUGUGCAUAAGGUUAGAUUAAAUUCAUUUAAAUUAUGGAUUAUUGCUUCUUUAGGAAAAAGAUAAGAUGUUAGACCUUCAAUUUAGCAAUAAGAGAAGAUGUUACUCGCCUACAAGAACCGUGUGCUGGGAUGAAAUAUGUGUUCUCCUUGUGUAAUUUUCAGUUGUUUCAGACAAAGCCUAAGAAAAAAUCGACAUUUUGGACUGUUAUGUAAUUUGAUGGCUGCCUGCAGGUUUGUAAUUGAAAAACAGAACCAAACUCGCAGGCUUUCAGACGCAAAAGAGAGGGCCAAGUCGCGUUGAUUUGAUUUGGACAUUUAGUUUGGUGGCCAGCCUCCAAUCCAAUGGUAUCGAAUAGAGGUGCCACAUUCUUAGCCUCUGAUCUACAAAGCAAUGAUUGGCUUGGCUAUGCCGGGGAUUAUUGCUUCAAAGCUCCCAAUUUGAUCUCUCUUACUUUGCACUAGAAAAAGAUGACCCGUUGUUGACUUUAUCAAUUACUCUUGAAAUAUUUUUCAAUAUAGCAGCCGGGGAAAGAAGUUGCACCUA